AUGUUAGACCAAGCCUUGUGGGCAUGUCGAACGUCACCAAAAGAAGCAACUGGAACAACCCCAUUUCGACUGACUUAUGGGCAUGACGCAGUAUUGCCAGUAGAAAUUCAGGUCCAGGCGGUCAGGACCCAAAGGCAGUGUGAAAUACCUUCUGAAGAUUAUUGGAGCAUGAUGACAGACGAAUUAGUCGACGUAGAUGAAGAAAGAAUGCUAGCAUUAGACUCUCUACAAAGGCAAAAAGAGAAAGUCGCCCGAGCCUACAACAAAAGGGUGAAAGGGAAAAUGUUUGCUGUCGACGAUUUGGUUUGGAGGGUGAUCUUGCCUAUGGACAGAAAUGAUAAAAUGUUGGGUAAGUGGUCCCCAAAUUGGGAAGGACCGUUUAAGGUUGUGCAGGCUUUUUCUAAUAAUGCCUACGAGGUCGAAGAGUUGGCACCAGACAGGCGAAUUUUAAGAGUGAAUGGAAAAUACUUGAAAAAAUAUAGGCCUCUCCUUCAAGAGGUCAUAAUUUUGGCAGAUUAA